AUGAAGGCCCUCCCAGCAAAUCUCCAAUGCUGGACACCCAAGCAUAUCUCCAGUAUGACAGGUGUUCGGCGAAGAGCUCUUGCCCCAGAUGCUCCUCCUGCCCAAAGGAAGAUCACCUCCAUGCCCUUCGCUGUUCUGCUCCUACUGCAGCUGCAGAAUGACAGUCCAUCAGCCUUCCUUGGGCGUCCCCACCGUCUGAGCCUGGGUCCCGCCAUCCCCACCUCUUCCAAUGUGCCAUCUCCUCCCAAGCCAAGCUUGGGGCUUGGGGCCCAGGGCCUCCUUGAAGACCUUGUGUCCCCCAACUGGAGACACCUGCAGGCCCUUCACUUCUCCUAUAUUGGCUCCAAGAAGUCCGCCAACCUUUGGGCCUCCCGCCUGAUUCAACAACUGAUCCGGAUCGGGCACUACAUGUGGAAAGACCUCAACCGGCUUGCCCACUCUGAAGAUAGCUCCUGGUACACGGCUCGCAAGCGGGAGAUUGACAUUGGCAUCCGCAAACAGUUUGCCAUGGGCCUGAUGGAUAUCCCCCAACGCUCCCAAUACCUCUUUUGUGACCCCCAAGAAACUGUCCUCAACAAAUCACUUGAAGAUCAUCAACAUUGGCUGCGCCUUGUCUCCCGUGAGAGAGCAAUCAACCGUCGCUCUCUAGCCAGGCAACACCAGAUGAUCUUUGACCUGGCACGACCCGCCAACCAACCAUCGACUUGGCCAACCGGCGCAAAUCCAUAA